AUGUGGAGUGUUCUGCGGAUCGUAACGGUUGUACUUCUGAUGCUGAUGAUGAAUGGAUACCGGGCGCUGGGGAAGUUUUGUUUCGAAAGUGAAAAAAUUCCCAAACUAGUGCAAAACAAAACGAAGGGAGUGGAGUACGGCGUGUGUAACUACUAUUGCAUGUUUUCGGAACAUAGUUUUCCGGUAUCGGUGCCAACCGAGAAGCUGACGUGUUCUUUAGAGUAUGAAUAUCGUCAAAAACAAGUUUGCUGCGAGGGAUAUCAUCACUACGAGGGUGAUUGUUUGCCAUCCUGCAAACACAAGUGUGUUUUUGGAGAGUGUACUGCACCGGAAACUUGCAGUUGUUACUCCGGUUAUCAAAAAGUAGAUGAUUUUCGCUGCGAACCGAUAUGUGAUAUGCCAUGCCACAAUGGUCGUUGUGUGGCGCCAAAUUCUUGUCUGUGCGAUGAUGGGUUUGAGAAAAAUGAGUACGGAAUUUGUGUCGAGCAGUGUGAAAAGCUUUGUCAGUUUGGAUGGUGUGUGGAGAAUCAGUGUCAUUGUUACGAAGGAUAUGUACUAGAUGCAGGAAAUGACGAUCGCUGCGUGCCCCAGUGUGAUCCAAAAUGUCGGAAUGGUACAUGUGUCCUACCGAACGUGUGUCAAUGUGCGGCAGGUUAUACCCUAUCGGCAACAGAACAAUUCACGUGCCAGCCCGUCUGUAGUGGAUCAUGCCAAAAUUGUGUUGCUCCAGAAACCUGCUUGUGCGAGGAAGGUUAUCAGCUCAACAAUUUGAAUCAAUGUGUCCCACAAUGCGAACGUGUCAACUGUACCAACGGAAGUUGUAUCGGCCCGGAGGUUUGUCAGUGCAACGAAGGCUACAUUGAUUCUGAGACAGGCUGCGUACCGCUGUGCGAAGCUGGAUGCAUGAAUGGGAAUUGUGUUGCUCCGGGAGUUUGUGUAUGUGACGAUUUGUACCGGAAAGGAGUCUACGACACGUGCGAACCAUAUUGCCCCGCUGGAUGCCCUAAUGGAUACUGUUCCGCUCCGGGAUUUUGUCAGUGUAAGGUGGGAUACGCAUUGAACCAACAGAGUGGAUACUGCGAACCAGUCUGUCCAAGGCCUUGCGAGAAUGCAGUGUGUACUGGGCCACAUCAAUGUACGUGCAACGAAGGAUACCUACUAGAUCGGAAAGAUGGCUUCAAAUGUGUACCCAAGUGUAGUAAACCUUGCGUUCAUGGGAAGUGCGUUGCACCUGACGUUUGCGAGUGUAACAAAGGUUACAUGAAGGUGGAUAACAGUCAAAACGUAUGCGAAGCCAAAUGUACGAAUGGAUGUUCUAAUGGCAAAUGUGUUGGACCGGAGCGUUGCGAAUGCCUUCCUGGCUAUUUCGCGACUAUCAGUGCUAUCAACUCGAAAAAAUCAGUCUGUACGCCUUACUGCAAGAACAAGUGUAUUAACGCUUAUUGCAUCAAACCGAAUGUGUGCCAGUGCAUUUCGGGUUAUCGGUUCGCUGAUAACAGCAACAGUGUCUGCGAGCCGAUUUGUGACGAAAGCUGGGUGGACUGUAGCAAUGGUCGUUGUGCUCAGCCGAACAUCUGCGAGUGUGACGAAGGCUACGCAUUAGCGAUUCGGGACGGCAAAAUGGUUUGUGAGCCGAAACCUUGCGAAAGAGUUUGUGUGAAUGGUGUCUGCGUGGGGAAUGGUUCAUGUGUUUGCUCGGAGGGGUACAGGCAGUCGACAAAGUAUGACUACAUCUGUGAACCGGAUUGUAAUGACAGUUGCAUCAAUGGAGUCUGCAUUGCACCGAAUAUGUGCGUUUGUAGAGAAGGUUUUGCUACCGGCAUAGAUGGUGUUUGCGAACCGGUUUGUGAUGCGACAGUGGUUAAUUGUUCUAAUGGAGUUUGUCUGGGGAACAAUCAAUGUCAAUGCUUGGAUGGAUAUCAUUAUAAAAAAGAUCCUACGGGAGUUAUCGAGUGUUUACCUCUUUGUGUGUCAAACUGUGCUAAUGGAAAUUGCGUCGCUCCUGGAAGGUGUGAAUGCGAUGAAGGCUACAGAUUCAAUGGGCUCUUGGAAGUAUGCGAACCAAUUUGUGACCCUCAAUGUGAACACGGAGACUGCAUAGAACCAAAUGUUUGUCUUUGUCACGAUGGUUUUGUUCCUGCUGUGAACCACAUAUGCGUACCUCAUUGUGAUCCCCAUGUUGUAGACUGUGCCAAUGGAAUUUGUGGCGGUCACAAUUUUUGCCGAUGCAACGAGGGCUUCUUCACCAAUUACAUGGAUAAUGGGAUACAAACAUGUCUACCAGUUCCGGUGACAUCGGUUCUUGAGUGCCAGUUACCAGCAUCAAAUUGUAAUUGUUCCAGUGUAUCUCCAUGCCCAGUGGGCAACUAUUCUACGAUAGUAUCGAUAAACGAACCUUCAGCAACUUCAAUUCGUCCAUGUCCCGAAGCUGUGUGUCCGACGGUACCAGCAUGUGAAUGCCCUACACAAGCACCCUGUCAUCAGUUACCAUGUCCUUCGACUACCACUCCACCACAGUGCACACCAGAGCUUCCUCGUAGCGAGGCAAGCGAAUAUUUCCACUGCGAUGAAAACUACGUGGACUGUAGUCAAGGGACCUGUCUGGGAAAUAAUAUCUGCGAAUGUGAUACCGGUUAUCGAAAAGCCGUUGAUGAACAAGAUGUAGUCUAUUGCGAGCCAGUGUGUGAGAUCCCCUGUACAAAUGGAAUGUGUGUUGGACCAAACCUGUGUGAGUGUUUUGCAGGCUACAUUGAUGACGGAUUCGGUUCCUGUCAUCCGAAUUGUCUGGAACCCUGCGUUAAUGGAGAGUGCGUAGCACCAAAUACCUGUCGAUGUUUGGCUGGAUACGAGGAGGAAUGGGAUGGAGUGUGUCGGAAAGCUUGUUUGCCUAGAUGUAUCGAUGGCAUUUGUGUUGAUGGAAAAUGUGUUUGCGAGGAGGGGUGGGAGCUAAGUUCUAAUAAUGUCUGCAGUGAGAUGAAGGAAAAUGAGCUUGUGGUGGAGGAUAUUGGUGAGGUGGUGGGGGUGGUUCAAAGCAGAUUCAGUAAUAAUUGUGAGGAAGGGUUCGAGUAUUCAGAUGAGAGCGGGGAAUGUUUGCCUGUUUGUAAGGGCUGUAGAAAUGGAGACUGCAUUGCCCCUGACGAGUGUGAAUGUCGCCAAGGCUUCAUUCGCAUGUUUAUGGAUGGGGUAGGAUCUUGUCAGCCAGAUGAAUCAGUUGAGGAAUUUACGAACGAAGCUGAAUUAGAAGAACUGGAAGGUCCUAAAGAAGUCAAUGUGCACUCCAGCGCUAAAUUUGAUCUCUUCUCAAUUUUUAAUCGAUCACAUCUGAUAAUUGGUCUGUUGGCAUCAUCAAUUGCUUUAGUUAUAAUGCUGACUUCUUAUUGGACAUGCACGUACCUGAAAAAAGAAAUCUCCUUUCCCACCGAAACUAUGAUUAAUUAGCAAAAAAAAUCUUUUCCACUU